AUGGGCAAAGCAAAAAGGCAAAGACUGACAGAAAUAACAAACAAGCUACAUCAUCAGUACAAUAAGCUAGAGCCAGCUGAACAGUGCAUAAUUGUUUCUGAUGAUGAACUACACAGCAUUGAUGUCAUAGACAUACCUAUUACUGAUGGGAUAUUUAAUGAAUACCAAAUCACAAGCAAGAUCCUUGAGGAAUACUGGAUAUAA